AUGACUUUGGCAAAACAAGCAUGCGACUGCUGUCGUGUUCGGCGAGUAAAGUGUGACGGUGAUAAACCAUGUAAUCGUUGCCUUCAACACGAUUUGAAAUGUACUUAUCUACAACCAUUGAAAAAAAGAGGGCCCAAAAAUAUUAGAUCGAGAAGUUUAAAGAAAAUUGCUGAAACGCAAACGUUCAGUGAAAAUAACAACUGCAUGACUGCUUUAGAAAUAUCUCUUAAGGUUCCAAAGAAACUUAUUGAUAAAUGUCUAAGGCUAUAUCAUGAUAAACUAUAUGUAAUUUGGCCUCUGCUCUCUUAUGAUGAUCUUCAUAAACUUCUGGAGGAAAAAUACGAUGACAACUACGUAUAUUGGUUCCUGAUCGCUCUGUCGGCCGCUACUCUUAGUGAUUUGCAAACUGAGAUAGAUUUUGAAGAUGGUACUUCUUUUAGUGGAAGACAGUUAACGUUUCUAUGCGUCUCAUCACGCCAGCAAUUCGAUGAUCUCGACAACUGCGAUUUGUUCAAAAUUAUGACCUACUACUGUUUGCAUCGGUGCUUCUCACAGUUUUCUGACACAAAGACUUCAUACAGACUUUCCAGUGCGGCAAUUAGUCUUAUUAAGGUCACGGAACUUCAUAGAGAAAAAUCAUAUGAGUCUCUUUCAUUUGAAGAACAGCAGCUUAGAAGAAAGAUAUUUUAUUUGCUUCUAUUGACAGAAAGAUACUACGCUGUAUAUAUUCAUUGUGGAACAAGCCUGGAUGCUACCAUAUCCGCGCCACAACCUGAGAUUGUAACUGACCCACGACUUUCUUUGGAUAGUUUUCUGGAGAUGAUCAGGGUCUUCACUGUACCAGGAAAAUGCUUCUUUGAUGCUUUAGCUACUGACUCCUCUAAUUCUUCCUGUACCGAAGAUUCCUUGAAAAGAAUAUGGAAGGAACUUCACACAGCAUCGUUGGAGAUAGAACCAUGGUCAUAUGGCUACGUUGAUAUCUCUUUCUCACGACAUUGGAUUAGAGUACUGGCCUGGAGGCUGGUUUUUCAAACAAAAAGUAUCAAUUUCUUAUCCACCUCUAACAAUGCACAAAUACCUGUUGAGAUUGCAAGGGACAUGCUAGAUGAUGUGUUCUUGACUCCUGCUAAUCUUUAUGGAGUUCAUGGCCCUGGAAUACCCGCAAAGGCGUUAGAAGUGGCCAACGCGCUCGUAGAUGUCGUGAAUCAGUAUGGCCAGAAUACAGAAUCGGAAGCUUGGAAGGUUUUGUGCGAAAUAUCAAAAUUCGUUUUCUCUCUAAAACACUAUGACGGAAAAUUGGUCGAGAGUUUUGUAACUAAAUGCCAAAGUGCUCUCAUCACUCUUCCGAUCUCUAGGCCUCCGAAGUCAAGUGAGGAUUUGCGUAAAAGGUGA